UUGGGACAGUGGUAAAGGCCAAGAGAGAGAGAGAGAGAAAAAGCCAGAGACCACGGACAGCCCACCUGGUGGGGACAGUAGCUUCUCCCUCUUGCCUUCCUUGGGAAGACUUAGUGGUGCCAUGGUGGUGCGGCACAGCUCGGACAAGGGGAAGACCGGGGUGGCUGUGCCGCUGGAGCCCUUCCUGCACCAGGUUGGGGGCCACCUGAGCGUGCUGCAGUAUGACGCCUACACAGUCUGCAAGCCUCUUGUCUCCCAGGAACAGAAAUUCUAUGAGUCCCUACCACUGGCUAUGAGGUGCUUCACUCCGCAGUACAAAGGUACCAUCACUGUGCAUCUCCGCAGGGACAGCAGAGGCCGUCUCGGCCUGGUUGCCAACCCGCUGAAGGAGAACCUGGAGCCUUUCCAGGUCUCCCCAGAGUCGGUAGUUCUCUGGCAGACACUUCAGCAGACCACCGGCAGCGACAGCAGCCCCCGCCCCCUCGCCCAGCUGGCUCGAUCACUGAAGGAGAGUGCAGCCAAGGUGCUCCUAAGGUCUGACUGCCACCUUGGUACCCAGGCCUCCCCGCUGGUGGAAAGUGCAGAUGGGGGCCAGGUGGAGAGAAAGGGCUUCAACCCAUGGGGCCUGCACUGUCACCAAGCCCACCUGACCCGCCUGUGCUCCCAGUACCCAGAGGACAAGCGGCACCGGUUCUUGCUGUUGGAAAAUGUGGUGUCACAGUACAAGCAGCCCAGCAUCUUGGAUCUGAAGAUGGGGACCCGGCAGCACGGGGACGAUGCGUCGGAGGAGAAGAAGGCCCGUCACAUGAAGAAGUGUGCACAGAGUACUUCGGCCUGCCUGGGGGUGCGCAUCUGUGGCAUGCAGGUUUAUCAAACCGAUAAGAAGAGUUUUCUCUGCAAAGAUAAGUACUAUGGAAGGAAGCUGUCGGUGGAGGGAUUCAGGCAAGCCCUUUCUCAGUUCCUCCAUGAUGGAAUCCGCCUCCGCACCGAGCUCCUGGAGCCCAUCUUGCGUAGGCUGCAGGCGCUGCUCGCUGUCAUCAGGAGCCAGAGUUCUUACCGCUUCUACUCCAGCUCCCUCCUCAUAAUCUACGACGGGGAGCCUCCUCAGACGGCUCCCCAGACCACCCAAGGCAGCACUUCCGGCGGCACUUCCGGAGACCCUGCCAGAGUCGAUGUCCGGAUGAUCGACUUCGCGCACACGACAUACAAGGGCUCCUGGAACGAGCACACUACCUACGAGGGACCAGAUCCUGGCUAUAUUUUUGGCCUGGAAAACCUCAUCGGGAUUCUGCGGGAUAUCCAAGAGGGAGAAUGAAGCUUCUUGGAACUUUCUGGGAUUUUUCCGGGCUGCAGAAUUUUGCCAAGGGACCCAAGCUAGGGUAGUCUAUAUCCCCCACCCCCGUAGGUGUCUUCGUAAUAACCAUAUCUACCUUCAAAAACCUUCUCUUCUGGCGGUGUUGACAAUUGCUACAGGAAUCUGCUCGGCAGGCAGCCACCCCCACCGGCAGCGUGCGCACUGCACUCCUUUUGGAGCAGGUGGCACCAAGGACAAGUGCACAGGAGGGUGUAGCCUGGGUCAGAGGCCACGCUGCCGUGCCGCUGGGUGUUGUCAGGCCUUGGUCUUCAACCCCUAAAGCCUCCACGAGGGAGAAGACCCUGGAAGAAGCCUUGAAGAAUAUUCUGCUUGUGUGGAUCGGCCCCUCCCCAGGCAGACGGAGCUAAUGCCUCCCCCAUCCUAUGCUGAGUCAUAGGCGGGACAGGAAUGAUCCCGAUCCCCGAGCUGACUGUGAGGGGAAAGGUCCCUGCAGCCUAGUGGAACUAGCAAGUCCUCCACGCUGUGACCACAUGGUGUCCCUGACCUGGAAACGCAGCUUUCCGUGGAGGCAGAGUGCACCCACAGAGGAGCCAAUAGCAUUCAGCUGUAUUCUCCAUUUUUAUUUAUUUAUUAUUUUGGGUGCUGGGGGUUGGUGGUGGUGGUUGGAAGCAGAGAACCUAGAAGACCAGGAACCCCAGGAUGAUGUUUACAAGCAUGGUGGACACAAGUAAAUAGGAAACCAGAGCGAACAGGUCUAAUGAAUUCCUUCUUCUGCAGCAUUGAAACUUAUUACAAUGCCCUGGAGCCCAGUGCUGCGCUAUGCUCCCCAAUUAGGGAAAUAAAUUUGUUAAUAAAAUUGCUGAGGUCACCAGUGAUUACUGGUGCGCCUUAAUAUU